GCUUGCUCAGAAGUCCAGGAGUUCGGUCAAAAAAGUGUCGAUCACCAGAAGUCUACGGGACGCACGGGCCAGGCCAAUUGGGGGUUUGCGACCGGAGCGGGCACACGGCGCCAGGCUCUGCCGACUCCCCCGGAGCAAGGGUCCGGAGACGCCUUCCAAUACCUUAGCGCAUGGCACCCUUGCUUCGUUGCAGGCCCAAUGACGCACCAAAAAAAUCGAAGCAGCAGGUUCGGUUGUUUUUUGUUGGUGCCGGUGGCUCCCUCUGAAAGGGGAUGGAGGACUUGCUCAAUCAGCAAAUCUCGGUUUUUUUUCCCUUCCCUUGAGCCGACUCGAAGCGCGUCCCUCGUCCAGCCAAAUCGGUGUUAAUUAGACCAGAAAGAAAGAUAACGGAGAAAGGAAAAAAAAAAAGGUCGCGAUAAACCGAGCCGAUCUCCAAUUCCUCGGCUUCUUCCUUCCACCACCUGCAUACCUCGAUAGCGACCAAAAAAAAAAAAAAAAAAA